AUGGCGGGUGUAAGCAAAUGCAUGAAGUACUCCAUGUUCAUCUUCAACUUUUUCUUUUGGGUGUGUGGUUGCAUUAUUUUGGGAUUCUCUAUAUGGAUACGUGUUAGCAGUGCUCAGCAGGGGAUGGACAGCAGCAUGCUUGGAGGAGUUAAUCUCCUGAUAGCUGUAGGUGCCAUCAUCAUGAUCCUCGGGUUCCUCGGGUGCUGCGGUGCUGUCAAGGAGAGCCGGUGCAUGCUGAUGCUGUUUUUUAUUGCACUGCUUCUGAUACUGAUUCUUCAGGUGGCAGCAGGUGUUUUAGGAGCAGUGUACAAACCUCAGGUUGAAGCAGCCUUUAACCUUACUCUGAGCGAAGGUGUGAGUGGACUGCAAAGUACUACAGGAGAAUAUAAAGAGUAUCAGGAAGAGUUCCAGAAGCUGGAGAAAAUGUACCAAUGUUGUGGAUUGAAGGAUGGACCUAAAGACUGGGGACAAAAUUUUGACAAACAAAAAGACAUCUGUCUAUGUGAAGUAGAGAAGCCAUCAUCAUCAGACCUCUGCACCGACUAUGGAGGCAGAUACAUUUAUAAAAAAUCCUGUGGAGAAGUGAUUAUGAAACAAGUUAAAGACAAUCUGGUCAUAGUUAUGGGGAUCGCCUUUGGACUGGCUGUUGUUGAGAUUCUUGGUUUGGUGUUUUCUAUGACCCUCUACUGCCAGAUCGGGGGCAAAUGA